CUGCCUUCUCACCUAUUUAUAUUCACCUCUUCAAGUAUAUGCCACCAUGAUUCCGAAUAUCCCAGAAGAGUACCGCGACAAGCUAGAGUUCAUUGAACCAACAGAUCGCCGGACAGAUGAACAAGUGUUGGCAAGCCUCUCCGAACACAAGCCUGUCACAUCAGAAAAAAAUGUCUGGGCUUAUUGGCAUUCUGGAUUGACCAACAUGCCCAAGUGGAAUCAGAGAAAUGUCAUUGACUGGGUUCGUAUUCUUGGUCCAGAAUGGACUGUGCGGGUGUUGGACAGCGUCGCGGGAUCAGUCAACAAUGUGCUUCGAUUCGCGCCAGAGACUCUCAUGCCUCGGGCCUUCGUGGAUCGCACUAUGGAGGGGCCGUACGUGGGCCAGCAUGGCGCUGAUCUAACACGCACCGCUUGUCUGUAUGAGCAUGGAGGCGUGUGGAUGGACGUUGGAAGUUUUCUCGUUCGCCAUCUUGAUCGUGUUUGUUGGAAUGAGCUGGAAGACCUAACAUCGCCAUAUAAAGUGGCCAUUUUUAUGCUCUGGGGACUUGCCCCCGGAAACUUCUUUGUGGCAGCUCGAAAGAAGGAUCCUCUGAUUUACCAGUGGCACCGCCUGUUUUCACAUCUUUGGGGAGACAAGAAAGAUAUCCAGGAUGUUCUGAAUGACCCCCUCAUCGCGCCAGUGAUACCCCAAACAUUCGAAAAUAUGAGUGAAAACUUUGACUACGACUGGGUCGAUUUUAACAUUGCCGCGGGUUAUGCUGCACAGAUCAUCUGCCUGACACGACUUCUCUGCCUGGAGGAGAGCGAUGAUGGAUUCUCGGGGGUUGAAUAUUGGCGAAAGAACGUGUUGGCCCUGGACGCAGGGCAGGAGACUGCGCGUACAGAGUGGAAUAGCACCUUUGUGGGAUUCGGCCAGCGGGCGCUCGACAUCCUGGCGCUCCCAUGCUCAGGACCUGACGCGGAACCGACUUCAGACAAGUACAAGGAUGCGGAGAAGGUAGUGUGGGAUAUGCUUGCCAAUUCAACGAUCUGGAAAGUCACACACGCACAGGGGUUGACCCAUACCCCGCAGCUGGGAACUCUCCUGGACAUGCCUGAGAAUGAAGGUAAAGACGCGGCGCCUAACACCUUUGGUGAGCUCUUCCGAUAUGGCACAAGAAGUUUCCGCCAAAAGAGAGAAAGCGUGCUCAGAAUGCCGAAGCGAGAGCCUACUAUGACGUGGAAGAAGGGCGUUUUGGAGCCAUAAUGGAGCUGACACUACAGUAGAUAGAACAUUGAUAGAAGGGACUGAUGAAUGAUGUAUUUGAAAACUAC